AUGGGGGUUGAUUAUUACAAAGUAUUGGGUGUUGAUAAGAACGCUACAGAUGAUGAUUUGAAGAAGGCUUAUAGAAAACUUGCCAUGAAAUGGCACCCUGAUAACAGCCCACAAAGCAAGAAAGAUGCUGAAGCUAAGUUCAAACACAUCUCUGAGGCUUAUGAUGUGCUUAGCGACUCCCAGAAAAAAGCUGUGUAUGACCAGUAUGGUGAAGAAGGGCUGAAGGGUGGGGUACCACCACCUGGAGCUGGUGGCCCUGGUGCCGGUUCAACCUACUUUUCUACCGGGGAGGAUAUGCUCCGUAUGCCGGAGAAGAAAUCCAAGAAAAGCAAUAAGAAUGCUGCCACAGGUGAUCUUGGGGGAGAGAGUGAUGUGUGUGAGGUUAAGAGAAAGAAAAAAAGAGAAGGUGGAAAAAAUUCAGGAAAACCCAACAAAGUCAGUGAUGAAGAUGUUGAGAAAGAGAAAAAGAAUAAGCUGAAGAAAAGCUGCUUGAAUGAGCCUUUUGACACCAAAACUAGUGCUCCUGCAAGUGCAACUGAAAUGCGGGACAGUGACAAGGUAGUUGAGACCCUUGGUGAGGUCUCUGGUGGAGAUGUUGUGGACGAGAUUAGAAGGAAGAAGAAAUCCAAGAAAAACAUUAAGACUACCAAUGGUGUAGAAAUGACAAACACUGAUAUUAAAGCUAAGAGUGAUGACUCUGACAUCAAGAGAAAGAAAGAAAGAAAACAUGGAAAACAUUCUAGGAAGUUUAGUGAAGACAGCGACGAGGUUGCUUCGAGAACUGUUGAAGGGAAUAAAAGUAGGAAGUUGAAGAAAAGCUGCGGGAAUGAGCUGGAGAAAAUGCAUGAUACUGAGGAUAUGCAGGAAGAUGUUGCUGAAGUCAAUGAAGGUGAUAUUUCUUCACCUAUAGAGAUGGAAGAAAAAAACAAAACAGACAAAGGUAAUAUCAAAAAGAGAAAAAGGGUAAAAUUAGGACACAACUCUGAAGAUCCUACACAUGAGAAGAGUGAAAAGAGAGUGAGAUUUUCUGGUCAGGUUCAGAUUUUCCCUUCAUUGAAUGAUCCAAGUGAUGAGAAUCAUGAGAUCGAGGAAGAAAAUUUACUGCGUGGCAAGCGAUUCUCAAAGCUAGAAGAUGAAGUUGUCAAAGAGGCUGUUCAUAAAUACAUUGAGAUACAUAACUUAGGCGAAGAAGGGCUGAAAAAGGUUUUAAAUUCUAGAUCUUAUCCUGAAAUUAAGGGUUGCUGGAAAGAAAUAGGGAGAGCUAUACCAUAUAGACCUUCUACUGCAGUUUACUCUCGUGGGCAGAUCCUGUUUCGAAGAAGUGAAUCACGUAAAUGGACUGAAGAGGAGUAUGAGAUGGUGCUGAAGUUCCAGAAAGAGCAUGGGAACAAAUGGAGGGACUUAGCUGAUGAACUUGGAAAACAUCGGUGGCAUGUGAAGGAUACAUGGCGAAGGCUAAAACAUCAGAAUAAAGGACAAUGGACUCAGGAGGAGUACCAGAAUUUGUUUGAUUUAGUAAACACCGAUCUGAGUCUGAAGCUUUCUGAAGAGAAGAAAUCUAAGCAUGGGAUGCUACGGGAUAAUAUUGCAUGGGGUGCAAUAAGUGAAAGCUUGUCCACGAGAAUUGGUGCAAACUGCUGCUCAAAAUGGUAUGAUCAAUUAACAUCACCCAUGGUGGCCAAAGGUGAAUGGGUGGAUUCUGAUGACUAUCGCCUAGUUGAUGCACUUUUUGAGCUCGACACAAGCUGCAUCGAAGAUGUGGACUGGGACAAUCUUCUUGACCACAGGGCUGGAGAGAUAUGUCGAAAGAGAUGGAACCAAAUGGUUCUUCACAUAGGUCAACUUGGAAACAAGUCAUUUCCUGAUCAAGUAGAAGUUCUAGCUAAGAGAUACCGUCCGGAUUUGGUCCAAGUAAGAGAGGCUUGGGACAGUAAACCAGUCGUUCCAUGACAUGCCCAUCACUCAGCAGUGAUGUGU